AUGUCGGACCAGCCCGGAAGUGGCAUCACGUCACCUCCGGCAGCAGAGGAGCAGCCCGGAAGUGGCAUCACGUUACCUCCGGCCAGUCCGUCUGAUGUCGGACCAGCCCGGAAGUGGCAUUACGUCGCCUCCGGCCAGUCCGGCAGCAGAGGAGGUGCUGGCAAGCAGAGUGUGGUGGCUGGGACAGAUAUGUGCCCAGCUGAUGCAUUGCUGGAGGCCACCAACCACCAUCUCUUAAUCCGGCACAUGUACAUACAGAAGAGCCUGACUGGAUACAAGUGCUGCCCGUCCCUCUCUCAGUCUGAGUAUGGCUGUAUGGGGAUGAUAGGACUGACAUUUUCAGAACUAUGGAGACCCCCCUCUUAUUGUGACAACCCGGACUUCCCCACCAGCCACUGGGAUGAUAAAAGUAUUCGCAGAGCUUUUAUCCGGAAGGUCUUCCUGGUCCUCACGGCUCAGCUUCUGGUCACGUUUGCAUUUGUGGCCGUCUUUACGUUUGUGAAGGAAGUCCGGGAAUAUGUGCAGAGGAACACAUGGACCUAUUACCUGUCCUAUGCCAUCUUCUUCUGCUCUCUCAUCACUCUCAGCUGCUGUGGCAACUUCCGGCGCCGACACCCCUGGAAUCUGGUGGCCUUGUCCAUCCUGACCCUCAGCCUCUCUUACAUGGUUGGAAUGAUCGCCAGUUUUUAUGAUACAGAAGCCGUAAUAAUGGCAAUCGGGAUCACAGCCGCCGUCUGCUUCACCGUCGUCCUCUUCUAAA